CUUUCUCACUUAGCUUUGAGAAUUCAAAAAACUGUAUACAGAGAUCAUAGGACAAAUAAAGAUGUUGAGAGGCAGAGAAGAGAAAAUAGAGACAGUGUCCGAGAAACAGAUAAUGUAUACCAGAACUGGCAGCUUAAAGACGCCAGCGAAGAGAGCAUCGCCCGAAUUGGCUCAUCCGUUUCGAUAUUAUUUCAAGCGUUUCAGCGAAAGCAUGACGGACGCUUUGCGGAUCAUUUCUCCGGUGAAAUGCCGCAAACUCAACUCAUCACCACCAUUUUCAUCAUCAUCAUCAUCAUCGUCAUCUUCUUCUUCAUUUUCAUCUAAGUACAGCAGCCGGUCAUCAAGGCAGCAGAUGAUGGUGGCUGGCAGUACUAAUUGUCCAUGUACAUUUGCCGCUACAUGCCGGCAUUCAAUCGGAACAGAAGAUCACAGAGCUGAAGCCAUAGAUGAUUGUAUCAAAUUCAUCAAAUCCACCUUAUCCAGAUCAAAGUCACUCUCUCCUUAAGUUUAAUGAUUGAAUAUGCUGACGGUUAGUUAGGGUUUAUUAUGAGAUAUAGCUUAGAACAGUUUGUUCGUAUGUAACAUUUUUUGUGAUCAGAUCAAGUGAUCAAGUGGUGUGGAAAGUAGUAAUCUUGUUUUUAGUCAAAAGGAUCAUUUUUUAACCUAUCCAAAGAUAGUGUGUACUCAAAAUGAGAUAAGCUUUGCCUGAUCAUAAUUAUAAUGACUUGAUGAAUGA